AUGCAUAUAGGAAAUACGCCCCUAGUAAGAAUCAAUUCCUUAAGUAAUGCCUUGGGAGUUGAAAUUCUCGGGAAAGCAGAGUACUUGAACCCUGGUGGAAGCGCGAAAGAUCGCGUUGCUUUGCGAACGAUCCAAGAUGCUGAAAAGCAGGGUUUACUCUAUCCAAACACUGGUUCACGUAUAUUCGAGGGCACCGUAGGUUCAACGGGCAUCUCAAUAGCGACCAUAGCAAAAGCAAGCUCAGUUAUACGCCCGACUUCAUUAGCUAUCAUCAUGCCCGAUGAUGUUGCAGAAGAAAAGGUGAAAGCACUUCAGGCUCUCGGUGCCGACGUACAGCGCGUAGGUCCAGCUAGCAUCGUCGACAGGAAACAGGUUCCAGCUCUCAGAUUCCGUUCUUGUCCCAAUUUCUUCGUAGGCACCCAAGAAACAAAUAUCCUCAACUAUAUCGAAGCGGCAUCCCCAGAAUUCGUCACGAUUACCUCAGAUCGCGUACAAGGGGUGGAUUGUGCUGCUCAGGCCAACGGACCGCGAGACGAAGACCCAGUGACGAAACCAUCAGUGACGGCACCAAGGGGAUUUUUUGUAGACCAGUUCGAGAACAGAAGCAACUUUAAUGCGCACUACGAUGGUACAGGCCCUGAAAUAUGGCGUCAGAUCAACGGUCACAUCGACGCAUUCGUUUCUGGUGCAGGUACUGGGGGAACUAUCGCAGGUGUCGGACGUUUUCUUAAAUCGAAAAAGGAGGAUAUCAAGGUAGUGUUGGCCGAUCCUGAAGGAAGUUGGAUAUAUAACAAGGUCAAAUUCGAGGUGAUGUACGAUCACGAAGAAGCGGAAGGAACGAAGAGGCGAGAUCAAGUUGAUACAGUAGUCGAGGGAAUCGGUAUCAACAGCCCGAGGCUGUCGAGAAACCUCCAGCUUGGGCUGCCUAUCAUAGAUGAUGCAUUUCGUAUUACCGAUGCAGAAGCAGUAGCCAUGUCUCGCUAUCUCGUGCAUCAUGACGGCCUGUUCCUUGGAUCAAGCAGCGCUUGCAAUCUGGUAGCGUGUGUAAAGCUAGUUCGCGAAUUGGGCUGGAAGGAUAAGCAGGCUGUUGUCACCAUCCUAUGUGAUUCUGGAAGUAAGCAUCAUUCCAAGUUUUGGAACGACGACUAUUUGCACGACGCAAACAUCCCCAUUGAUAUGAACAUCAUCGGAAACCUUCUGACAGAAUCAGUCUAAAAACUAAAACACGACACAUAAAAAAAGUAUGCAAUUAUUUAACGAGUAAACAAACAUAUAAAAAGCGAUGUGUGGGUGGUAAAAUUACAAAUGCGGUAAUAGUAGGAGUUGUCGAGCGAUGGAUAGAUGUAGCAAGGAGCAGCACUAGUAGCAGAGGGGGGCAUUGUGUCUGGUGUCAACUUGGAGGCCAGGGUGUUGCGGGGAGAGGUGGGGCGACGAAUGAUGGUAUAGACUUUGGCAUGAAGCCGUUUUGUGUGGGUGGCGCAGACAUAGUAUGUGGCAAACCUGGUCUAGCCGUAAUUUGAGGUUGGCCAUCCUUGACGGGUGA